AAUACAUAUACACUUUUGUUUGUUAAUCAAUUAUUAUGUAUUAUACUAUUGGUUCAACUAGCCAAUGUGCAGUUAUAGGAAGUCAAUCUUAUAAACACCGAUCCGAUUCAUAACCUCAUUGACUAUUUGAUGUUCGCUUUUCUAUAAUUGAUUUCAAAACGCCUCUCCAUGUUAUUAUCGUUCUUUCACAUAUUUUUAAUAGUGAGUAUAACUUCGGCAUCUUAUUACACCGAUACAGUUUGAUUUUAACCAUUUAAUUGCAUUUUAAACAUACUCCGGAACAUUUUAAUUCCAGAUUCCGGAGCGGUUCAUGUUUUCUUAAAUUCGAGAGAUUUUAAUUGUAAGUGUUAUUUUAUUAAGAUAACGACACAUGACUGAUAAGAGUAAAUCAGCAACCGUAAAGGGAGAAUCAACUCCCGCCAAAACGUCUCGACCAACGCUCUUCAACCUGCUCGAGGUCUUGGCAAACUAUUCAAUGACAACGCCAUCACAAAGACAAUGCAUCAGAGAUAUUGUAACCGAGUUUCUAGCGAAUAAAUUUGAGCACUCGAAGGUGUAUUCAUACAUCGGAGCUGUUGUUGGACAUGACAGACUACAUGCCGUGAUCAAGCAACUGGAAGCUGAUCCAGAUCGAUCACCCUUACCAGAUCAGGACGGGCUGAUGAAGAUCGAGUCAGCCUUUAAUUUAACCAGAAAUUAUAAGACGACAGGCGCAAACGGGGAUUCGUGUACAAAUAAGGAUGAAAUCUUGAGAACAAUACGGAGAAAUUUGAGUAAAAAGUGCGAGUUGUCGAGGUCGUCGAGCGUAAAAACAGCAUCUGCAGGAGUUUUGUUGCAGAAGGCGUGCUGGCUACCCAUUAGAAGAACUUUGACUGCAGGCCCGCUUUAUGGCCACAGCCUAAUUUGCAUAGGCAACAGAGCCUACAUUCUGGGCGGAAGCAAUGGCAGAAACCAAGGAUUUAACCUUUCAAAGGCACAUUUGAUAAACCUUCUCGACUUCAGCAGCAAGCAGAUAAUGUUAAGUGGAGAAGUCCCAACACACAGGGAAGGAAACUCGUGUAAUGUGGCAGUGGUUAACCAGGGCCACUCCGUAGUUUUGUUUGGAGGCUUUAAUGGCGAGGUUUUCUUUAAUGACGUGUACCUAUUGGACCUGGAAAAGCGCAGAUGGACUAAGAGACACCCAACAGGACCACUUCCCACACCAAGAGAUGAACAUUCUGCCCUCAUAUACCCACCAAGAUGUGAUUUAAAAAACCCAAACACGACGACAGAGAGGGUAACACCAGAAGCAGGCACAAGUGAAAGAGUAAUGACUGAAGGCCAAAAUGCACAAGCAAAUUCCUCAUCAGAAACAUUUAACAACAGCCAGUUGGACCACCAGGAUAAGGAUGCUCAGGAAAAUAGAUCAACCCAGAGAAGUGUGAAGAGUGUAAGGGAAGGACCUGUGGUAUACCUGUUUGUGUUUGGAGGGAAAACCGGCCUCCUAAACAAGUUCAAGUGCCUGAAUGAUAUGUGGGCAUACAACGUACUCGGCAAUUACUGGAUGAUGGUGGAUACGGGAGAGAAUAAACCGUGCCCCAGGUUCGGAGUAUGUGCGCUUUGGGCCGACGACGAGACCGUAUGUGUAUUUGGAGGAGAAACGAGCUCGUCUAACGGCUUUGUAGAUCGCACUGAGCGAGUUCUGCUCGAUGAUUUAUGGAUGUUCCACCUUAACCCCCUAAGCACAGGCAAGCAAUUAUCAAGCACGAACACCCAGUUGUCCACCGAGUCAGCAUCGGAAACAGCGGAAGACUCUCAGUUGGAUAACACAGACAGAUCGGAUCGCAAUGGUGAGGUGAAAUUAUCAGGAGUCUGGGUGCAGGACUACUACGAAGGAAACAUAGGCCCGCGCUCCCACUACAGUAGUAUAUUUAUAGCACAGAGGUGCAAAGAAGUUAACACGGGAGCACCCAGGACGGUGGAGAGGUUGAUGUUUUUGACUGGGGGUUUGACUUAUCCACCUGGGAAUAAGAAGGUCGUGGUGGCAAGUGACAAGCUUUACUUUUAUUUCUUCAGCCAAAAGAGGUGGUACUCUUUGAAGCCCAAUUAUCCAAGGAAUUACAUAGGGGAGCCAUUUGAGCCAAGACAGCUUCAUGUGGCCUGUUUCUUCGAGAAGAAGAAUAUUCUCUUUCCAGGCACAAAGCCCUCGGUGCCCUGCAUAUUCUUCCACGGAGGCUUUCACAAGAAGCAGAUCCUCUCGGACUCUUGGGUGCUAUCCCUAACAGGGGAGGAUCUUUUCUUCAAAAAUUCAUUACUCUCCACAGAGACCAACAACAAUGCAAAAAUGGAGCUUAGGAUGUACCCGCCCUGGUACUACAGAGAGUCACACUCACCGUCUCUGCUCUGGGGAAUGUGUUCAGUACAGAAGUGGGUGUUUGGAGCACUUGCACACCUUGUUGACAACUCACUCAAGGAUACAGUAAGUAGCACAAAUCUGUCCAUAAAGUUCGAGCCAUCACCCAAGGGCGAGGAGCUCAUGCUUUCCGUCCAGGAUGACGGGAACGGACUUGACUACAACUCUAUGAACAGGCUCUUAAAGCUCUUUGGCAGGACUUACAACAGCUACAACUCGACUGAUGAUCCAGAUUCCAGAACAGGCAAGGAGGAGUAUGGUUUGGGCUUCAAGCUCGCAUACGGAAGACUGGGAAACAGUGUUGCAGUAAUGUCGAGAACCCAUGACUCGAUUGGCAUUGGAAUGUUAUCGCUGGAUCUCAUGUGCCAGUGUGAGUCCCGAGAAAUGGCCGCCCCAAUGUGCAUGUGGAAGCUUCCAAGCAAGGAGUUGAUUAACAGGGACGGCCCAUGUCUUAUAGAUCAGAGGCAUCACCAGAGAUUACUGAUGAGCUACUCCCCAUUUAACAGUGCAGCACUUCUUGCGGAGCAGAUUAACGUACUAGGAGUUAACCCAGGAACCAGGCUACUCUUCUGGCAGCUGAGAGACGACUUAGACUCUCUGGUCUUGGAGGACGGAACACUUUUUAGUUCAAACCACACCCAUAACCUUGGAAGCAGAAACGCCCAGAGCGAUGACGAGUCUAAGGAUCACCGUGAAGUUGGCAGUGUCGUUUACUUUAGAGACCAUGUUAUGGAGGGAGGGAUUGUAAUGGACUCGAACAACCCCAAUGGAACUAAAUCUAAACACGACGGCGCCAGUUCACCGGCACCAGAACAGUCAGUACCAGAAGAACAGCUAAAUAAUGCAGUUUCUGGGGAACAACAUAAUGAGGCGCAUGAAAAUGCCGUUGAUGGAGCUGUGAAGGUUGAAGGUCAAGGUAAUGAGGAAAAGCCUGCUGUAGAGAAUGAGAAUCAGGAAACUGCAGUCAUUGAUAAGCUAGAGGAGCUGAAGAGCUUGAUGGGAUAUAGCGGAAGCUGGUAUGAAGCAUUCCCACUAUGGAAGACUGCAAAGCAUUCAAUGGAUUAUUGUCUCCCAGUGUACCUGUACUGGCUCCACCUACACUCUUCCUGCACACUCUCGGUACAAGAUGUUCAGCUUAAACCAAACCCAGUUCACUUCCACCUGUUUGAAAGUAAUAAAUCGGUGGAUCUGGACGACAUAGACCUGUCAACGCGAGUUGAGUCACUGGCCCAGUUUACUCAAAACACGACAAACGCCGUUGAUACUAGCCAGAAUAACCUUGACAAGAGUCAGAGCGGAGAGAAUUUCAAACGUGUACGCGAGCCAUUUAGCAGUGCCCAAGAGGAGGAGGAUGCAGUUAAUUACAAGGUGACCAAGUACAAUAACUCAGUUGAUGUUAAGCCAGGAGAAACAGAUAACUCUCAGCCAGAAAAAUUGACACCACAAAAGAAGGUACCAGAAUGUCUUGGAACAAUGGCGAUGCCAAAUCCACAACUUAAGGACCAAUUUGGAAAAGACCUAUCAGUUGAAGAGUGUUUCCUAGACAUGCAUAACCACGUUUUGGGAACAAACAUGUUAGGUGGGAUUAACAACGCAUCCGAUUUAUCAAUGGACUCUUACAGCUGUGGAAAGAAUACAUGUGGAUACUGCGGAGUUUCACCAAUAGGCAGAUCUCUAUCAGGAGGCGAGACUCUCUACUCCUUUCUAAGGGCCAAACUUCAUAAAUCUGUCCAACUCCCAUUUCUAUUUCACCCAGAAGAUCACGCACAAGGCGCGUUCGCACUUAUUGGGUUUUUGAACUAUCCCACAAAGUCCGCAUACCACUCCUCGUCAAGCGAGUUCAGCUUUGACAAAACCUCUAACUCCAGUGUUUCAUCAAACUUCGGAAAUCUAAGCUCCCCAGUGAAGAAACCACUAGCUCCAACCUCAUUUGUAGUCACAGAGCCCCCAGAACCCCAACCCACACCACCUCCAGUCUCCUCAAGUCCAACCAAGUCAAGGAAAGCCAAAGGACAGCGCGGAAAGGGCACAACACAAGCACAGACGGGAAACACAGCGCAACAGGCUCCUCUACCCAAGACAACACAGGUUAUUUUCAGCGGAAGCAUGUCCUCUGAAAACCUGGGACCGACUUCAACCCCCGAGAUGGAGGCCCAGAAAAAAGAAUCGAAGUCCAAAUCAGGCCCUCCGAUGUUUUUGGGUGUUGGCGCUGGAGCACCUCUGUAUUCGUCUGAGAGGUCCUCAUCUAACAUGUUUUUGGGCCAACAGAUCCCCAGAAUGCAGCCUGAAGAUAGAGUAUGUGAGGCUGGAGUGCUACUGUACUACAAAGGAAGGAUGAUUAGGAGACUUGAAGGCAACUUCCCGGCGCCGAUGGAUGAGCUGGAGAGUGCGAAGCUCCCGCCAAAAGCAAGUCUUUUCAGAGGAAACAUGUACAGAUUUGCCCUUACAGCCGUGAUUAAUGUGCCCAACUGGCUAGUCCCUUCAAUAACUAAGCAGGAGUUUGUACACGAGAAUAACCGAGUCUUUCUGACCUUCAAGGCCAAACUCAUCAAGUUGCUCUCGGAAUACUGCAAAGUGUGCAUGGAUGAGCACAAGAGGCACAGCUGGUACCUGGAAAAGCUCAAACAGAUCGUCGACUACGAUAUGGCCAACCAGACGACUUUGAACAGUUACAUGACUAAGCCGGAUGAGGUUGAGGGCCUGGAUGACGAAGUUGUGCCCUCCUGGAAGCUUGAAAACACCGAGUCCAGUCAGGAGAACACCACCCGUGAGGAGUCUUUAAACGAAGACGCUGUCGUUGCACCCCCAGAAGACGACGUCAAUUUGUCCUCCAAGAACCUGAAUUUAAAUAAUGUCGCUACCGUAACAACUUGAUUUUUUCUCGCCUUAACCAUUUUUAAACCAAUAAUAUUAUCAGACUCUAUAAA